CCGCUUCCGGCCCCACCUUUUCCGGCGCCUGCGCUACCAUGGCGCAGGGGCAGCGCAAGUUCCAGGCGCGAAAGCCCGGAAAGAGCAAGAGCGCGGCCGCCGCGGAUCGCACCCGUGGCCCAAAGAAAGGCGGUCGUGUCAUUGCCCCUAAGAAGGCGCGCGUGGUCCAGCAGCAGAAGCUCAAGAAAGACCUGGAGGUGGGGAUCCGGAAGAAGAUCGAGCACGAGCUGACGAUGAAGGCCAGCUCCAGCCUGCCCAAGAAGCUGGCACUGCUAAAGGGAAUGCCCGGCAAGAAGAAGGGGGCGUCCUCCUGACCACCACCCUGCUGCACCUCAGCAGACACGGACUCCCCAAAGCUGCAGACCAUACCCCUAAGCCCAGCCCAGCUUAGCCACUCUGGGGAGUGGCACGGGUACAUUCUGUGCCCCCCCCCCCCGAUUCUCAAUAAACCCCCUUUUUCAUUCC